AUGGUACUGUUACGCCGUCGACGGCUCGGCGCCAGUUCGUGUGUGUCUUCAAGCUGGUUCCCCGAAGCAUUCAACAUUACGUCCAAGGAAGGCAGCUCGUGGGAUGUAGCACUGAAUCAGGCCGCUGUAGAGGCCCUGUAUUCAGCUGCUUACAUCGAAGACUACCUCGACUGCGUUGAAAAUCUGCCCGAUGAUGUGCAGAGAAACCUCAGCCAGCUCAGGGAGCUGGACGUCAAGUACCAAGAAGUGCUGGCGGAGCUGGAGCAGCAGAAGGGCCUGCUGGGCAGGCGCGACCUGGAUGUCGGACGCAAGAAGGUGAUGCUGCAGAUCCAGCAUUCGCUCAUCAAGUCGCAGGAGCUCGGGGACGACAAGCUGCAGCUGUUGCAGCAGAUCCAGGACCUAAUCGAGAACAAGGUGCGCCAGCUCGACCAGGACUACCGCAACCUUGACCACGAACCCGAGACGCGAGAGGCAAAGCGGUCGCGGCGCCAACGGGGCCACGACGACGAACAGACGCCCGCGCCACAUCCAACGUGCGGCCGGCGGCAGCCGAAGAAAAAGCGGCGCCGGGGAGCCUCGAACUCGGCCGGCCACCAGCAAGGGCACCAGCAGGGACAGCAGGGUCACCAGCAGAGGGGUGGCGGUGGUGUGCCGUCACCAGCCGAGCCGCCCAUCGACCCCGAUGAGCCCACCUACUGCCUCUGUGAGCAGGUCUCCUUUGGAGAAAUGAUCUGUUGCGACAAUGAGGAGUGCAGCAUCGAAUGGUUCCACUUCUCCUGCGUUAUGCUCACCACAAAGCCAAAGGGCCGGUGGUACUGCCCCCGGUGUCGAGGUGACCGCAGCAACCAGAUGAAGCCCAAGGGAAGCUAGCUGCACCAGUGCGACAAAGUUACUAUACUGAUGGCACCUAAUAAAUGUUCCUCUACUUU